GCUCAAAUGUGGAUGAACUGGCCCAAUCUUUGGGCCCAAACUCAAAUCCCUGAUGGCGGAAUUAGGGUUUUUAAUAUUCUUUCUCAGUUCUCCCAACUCCCAUACCUCCAUCCGCCGCCGGUCUGAGAGGGAAAUUGUCGAGUAAGGAAAAGGGAAGGAGAAGCGAUUAAGCGAAGAAGAAGAAGAAGAGUGAAAAAUGCCUGCUGGGCACGGUCUUCGCUCCCGAACUCGGGAUUCCUUCUCAAGACCCUUCAGGAAGAGGGGUUACAUCCCAUUGACUACUUACCUGAGGACCUUCAAGGUCGGCGACCAUGUCGACGUCAAGGUGAACGGCGCCAUCCACAAGGGCAUGCCGCACAAGUUCUACCACGGCCGCACCGGUCGUGUCUGGAACGUCACAAAACGUGCCGUCGGCGUGGAAAUGAACAAGCAGGUUGGGAAUAGGAUCAUCAGGAAGAGGAUCCACGUGAGGAUAGAGCACGUGCUGCCAUCCAGGUGCACCGAGGAGCUACGCCUGAGGAAGAAGAAGAACGACGAACUCAAGGCAGAGGCGAAGGCGAAGGGUGAAGUCAUCAGCACAAAGAGGCAACCAGAGGGGCCGAAGCCUGGCUUCAUGGUUGAAGGCGCCACCUUGGAAACUGUUACUCCCAUUCCCUAUGAUGUCACCAACGAUCUCAAGGGCGGUUACUAGGUGUGUUAUUAUCUCCUUUAAGGGUUUCAGUUUGUGGGUUACGACUGUGAGACUGCUGCAUACACUCUGGGUUAAGCUCCACUGAAUUUGGUUUCCCUAGCCACUUUCGCAAUUUCAUUGAGAUGAUGUUUCUUAGUGUGUCUGUAUGCAAGUUAGAUAUGUCCUUUUUGACACCUGAACAGAUAUCUGAGUUAAGAAGUGUUUGUGUAUGCAAUUAGUAGCUGGGAAGUGGGAAUGAAUGGAUGUGUUGUCGUGUUAAAGGCAGAGAAUAAGCAAAUUAGAGCUGGAAAGUGGAAGGAAUAUGUUUAUGGGUUAACAUUUGAUGCCAUUGAUGAACUGGGGCAGUAGGUAUCAUAAUAUAUGGAUAUGUGUCUGCCACUGCUGCGAUGUCGAAAGUGGCCAAGUGGGGGAUUUGGCUCUUUAUUAUGCACAAGCACAAACCCUAAAAAACGAACACUAAAGUGGAUCUUGAUUCUUCCUUUUCGUAUGGGUAUUGGUUUUUUCUUCUUCUUUGGUAGACUAAGUGCCACCUGCUGUCAAGGCUGAUGUAAAUGGCAGCGGCUGUCACCUGUUAUAGAUGC